CUAAGAACUCAUCUAUCACCGGUUUUAUGAGGACGUCUGUGACUAAAAUAUAAGUAAAAGGUUAAUUACUCUCGUAAUAAUAUCGUGUCAGAAAGUCAGCUUGGAUGUGCAAAUAUGCUGCGAAGUGUCGUGGAAUAUUAUUCCGAACAUAGUGGAUACAGCUGCGGUUACUGCAAAAGUCCUGAUUCUAAUUUUAGUCAUGGUAUGUGGGCUCAUGCUAUGUCUGUGACAGAUUACCAAGAUCUCAUAGAUAGGGGAUGGAGAAGAUCUGGCAAGUACUGCUACAAGCCUACCAUGGAAGUCACUUGUUGCCCCAUGUAUACAAUUAGGUGCAGGGCAUUGGAAUUUAAACCUACUAAAUCGCAAAAAAAGAUUUUGAAACGAUUCAAUAAGUAUCUGACGGGGCAGGACCUGGGACAAGCGGCUGACAGGGAUCGUAAAAUGUCUACGUGCAGUAGCGGAACUGAUGAGGAGCAAAUCCCUGAUGGCAGAGAACAUUAUGUCGAGAGCACAAAGGCUUGCCAAGAUAUUGAUGUGGAUGCUGUGUUGAGCAGUGACAUGAUUGAAGAGCCUGCUAUAAUGAAUGAAGAUAAUGUUAGCACUGUUGCCAGUUCUGGUGAAUCAUCUCAAGCUAAAAAACCAAACUUACCAAAACCCACAGAAAAAAUUAAAGAGACUGGAAAAGACUUGGGACCAGACCCCAAUAAACCUCCUUGUAAAAAAGCUAAACAAUUAAGGCUUCAGAGGAAGUUAGAAAAAAUGAAAGAAAAGGGCAUUGAUGUGUCAAACCUGCCCAAGACCUGUAGAGACCAAGAAAAACAAGUUGAGGACUUUAUCAACGAACUGCCCAGUGAAGUGAAACAUAAGUUGGAGAUAAGGUUAGUGCGUACUUCACCAGCUAGCACUGAGUGGCUAGCAACAUCGAAAGAGACUCACGAAGUGUAUGUAAAGUAUCAGACCGUUAUACACGGUGAUAAACCAGAGAAAGUCACCGAACCUAAAUUUAAAGAGUUUCUCGUUCAAAGUCCACUACUGGAGGAGCACAGUGAUUCAGGGCCAGCCUGUGGUUACGGAUCCUUCCACCAGCAAUAUUGGCUGGACGGCAAACUCAUAGCUGUUGGGGUAAUCGACAUUUUGCCCAGAUGUGUUUCAUCGGUGUACUUCUUUUACGAUCCCCAAUAUAUGAACUUAACGCUGGGUACUUAUGGCGCUCUCAGGGAGAUUCAAUUUACGCGAGAACUUCACAAGACGUGUCCAGAACUGAAGUAUUACUACAUGGGAUACUACAUCCAUAGUUGCCGCAAGAUGAGGUAUAAGGGGAAUUUCUCUCCAUCGGAUUUGCUUUGCCCAGAGACAUACAAAUGGUUCCCGAUAAAGGAUUGCAUUCCUAAAUUAGAAGCGUCAAAAUAUUCAAGAUUGGAUCCCGAUUUGGACAGCACAGAUGAUAACUAUCCAGCUGAAUCUGAUCUCAAUUAUGUGCCGGUUUGGACGUCUGGAGCAGUUAUGUUCUACAAGAUAUACAGACGGAGAAGUCUCAAGCGAAGUGAUGACAGGGAUGAAGUGAUGGAAUACGCAAGAUUGGUCGGCACAAAGUCAGCUAAGAGCAUAAUUUUAUUUAGAUAAUCUAAUAAAACUUAGACUGCAACUUUAGCAGCACUAUUUACUUACUUAAUUCUUAGUUACUAAUU